UUCAGAACCUACUGACCUUGGAUCAGGUCAACACUGUCAAGAAAACACCUGACACCACCAACAAGUUGUUUGCAGAUAACCCCAUGCCCUGAGUCUUUGGAACCGAUCGUCACAUAAUCCUCACCAAUUGGCAAGACCUGCCUUACCAUGGAUCGGUGGAGGGGACGCGUGGCGCUGGUAACCGGCGCUAGUGUCGGCAUCGGUGCUGCCAUCUGCCGAGAGCUGGUGAAACAUGGAAUGAAGGUCGUGGGGUGCGCCCGAAAUGUCAAGCAAGUCGAGGAGCUGGCUGCCGAGCUGAAGGACUGCACAGGUUCCCUGACGGCCCUCCACUGUGACCUGACCCAGUCGGACCAGAUCGAAGCCAUGUUCGGCACAAUCCGGGAGCAGUUGGGCGGCGUUGAUGUCUGCAUCAACAACGCUGGCCUCAGCUUCGCCGGCUCCCUCAUCAACGGCGAUGUCGAGAAGUGGCGCACCAUGCUGAACGUCAACGUGCUUGCGCUGGCGCACUGCUCCCAGCUGGCUAUUCGCAGCAUGAAGGAGCGUGACGCGGCCGAGGGCCAGAUCAUCAACAUCAACAGUCUGUCCGGUCACCGGGUGGUGGUCAACCCUGAUGUACACUUCUACGCGGGCACAAAGUUCGCCGUCACGGCACUGACCGAGGGGCUGCGCCAGGAGAUGGCAGCUGAGCCGCCGACCAAGAUCCGCGUGGCGCAAAUCAGCCCGGGCAUGGUGAGCACUGAGUUUGCAUUCCGCAUGCACGGCGGUGACGCGGUCAAGGGUGAGCGCUCCAUGAAACUGGGCAUCGACGCCAGCAACAUCGCCAACGCCGUCAUCUACAUCUUGUCCACGCCGCAGGACAUGCAGGUUCAUGAUAUUCUACUGCGGCCCACGGCACAGACGACAUAACCGCCGGUGCUCGGUACCGUCUUCACUGUCGAUGACAGUAUGAUAGGGAGAUCUACCCCAGCGAUACUUAGGCGAGCUCUGACACACGCUAUUUCUUCCGCUUGUAGCUGCUGAAGCCAUAUGAAGUCAGGUUUGGUGACUGAACUGAAUUUAGGAUCACGAAUUGGUAGUUGUCUAAUAUUUGCAAGAAUGCUCUGCCACAUUAUGCUACCGGCUUUCAGAAGCGCAACUAAAGAAAUAAACCAAUUAGCACGGC